GUGACAAGUUCCAUACUGAAGAAUCUGUGCCCGUCAGCGGUCCCGGGCUUUCUGGAUCACGGUUAGUCUCCCGUAGGCAAACCGAUAGAAGGAAGACAGUCGUUCCUUCCAUCUGUCCCGGUAGAUUUGCGCCUGACCACCACUGGAACAUGGACCACCUAUUUCACGUUUGAAACCCGACAUAUGUCAACGUUGGACACUUCUGGCGUACUACGUCUACAUCCAUCUCCUGAUAGAAAGUUCUGGAGAGGUAUUCCAAUUACCGAUGUCUUGAUGACGCUUGAUUGGUGUGCUGAGCCCCAUGACUGCAAUAAGGUUAAGCAGUAGCAGUAGCAGUCUGAUAUAUAUGGAUGAUGCUAAGAGAAGUUACGCUGAACAUACUGUGGAACAACAACCAUCAAUGCACCCUCGUUGAUCAUCGAUCGUUUCCUACAUACCCUUCAGUACUCAGUAGCGGCAUUUUGAUCAGACCAUCGUCCAGCUCGAGAGUGUCCUCGUUGCCUAUAUCAAUGACAAGAAAGGGAUCCUAGACUGAGGAAGACCGAGUUGAGAGCAGGUUAAUUGGGCCUCCAUCCAGUCUGUCAUAGACUAGAAGGAUACCCUAUUAACCUGGUCCACACCUGAUUAAUAUGGUUACGGUAGAGUCGCCAUCACGUCUUC